AUGAGGUGGUGGCUCGUGGUGGCCAGUCUAUGGCUGCUGGUGGCCCUGACCGUCUCGGACACCCAGGCCAGGAACAGACCUCACAACCAAGAUGGUGGGAUGCGACGGGGGAGGCGGAAGAAGGACGGACAUGGUCAUGGGCGGGCCAGAGCGGGGCGAACUAGACCUGUGAAGAUCAGAGUCAUUCCUGGUCUCGGCAUCUCAGUAGAGCAUGGAGACAGGCAUGGACAGCCUCUGUCCCUGAGGUCCUACAACAACGUGCAAGAACAGCACUCCACCUACAACGUUAUCCCAGGUAAGCAGGGCCAGUGUUUGUACCAUGGCCUGACCAUGUUCGACCAGGCGGUCUGGUCUCCAAAGCCCUGUCUGACUUGUCUGUGCACCGGAGGUCGGGUGGUUUGUGACAGGGUCACCUGUCCCAUGUUGCCUUGCCAUUACACCGUAACCCCGCCUGGGGAGUGCUGUCCCGUCUGCAUGGAGCCAGUUCCCAGUGACCCCGCCGAGUCCGUGACCCCACUGACCCAGGAGGAGAUCCAGCGAAUCCUCUGGGAGGAGGAGGAGGCUUUGAGACUGCAGGUGGAGAAAGAGGAGGAGGAGUGGAGGAGGCAGAUCGAGGAGUUGGAGAGGAGGAGACAGGAGGAGGAAGAAGAUAGAAAGCGGAAGGAGGCUGCAGAGAAAGCAGCCAGGGAGAAUGAAAGGAAGCUAGAGGAGGAAAGAAGGAGGCAGGAGGAGAAGUUAAGGGCAGAACUACUGGCUCUGGCGGAGGAGGAGGAGGAGCGGCUGGAGAAGCAGCUAGAGAAGGUAGAAGAGCGGCAGGAGGAGGAAGAGGAGGAGGAAGUGUGGCUGAGAGGAGAUGUGUUUCAGAUGCUACCAAAAGAACCUGAGGAACCGGACUUCCUUCCUGCUCCAAUCCCAAGACCUCCUGCUGCGACAGAGGAUGAGCUGAAGGAGAUGGAAACAGAAGUGGAGGAGGAGGAGGAGGAAGGGGAGGAGAGGGAGGUGGUGAUACUGAAUGGAGGAGGCCUCCCUCCAGGCUGCGCUAUCUCUGAUGUCACUCUAACAUGUGAGAACGCCAAACUCAUGUACUUUCCUCCUCUGGCCAUACCUGAACUCAAAUCUCUGAGUCUGGAAGGCAACAACAUCAGCAGCAUCCCAGCUGAAGCCUUCAAUGGGAUCCCCAACCUGGAAUGGAUCAACCUGAACAAAAACAAACUCACCUCUGCCAACAUUGAUGCUAAAGCCUUCAAAGGUCUGAAGAAGCUAAGGCGUCUGUACUUGGAUGGGAACCUUCUCGAAGUCGUGCCCGCUGGCCUUCCCCCCACACUGCAGGAGCUGAAGAUCAACGAGAACAAACUGGAAGGAAUCAACAAACACAGCCUCCAAGAUCUGAGCAGCCUGGUCAUUCUGGAGCUGGAGGCAAAUCUGCUGAGCGAGGGGAAUGUGGAUCCUCUGGCCUUCGCUCCCCUCAACCAGCUCUCCUACCUCCGAAUGGGCAGAAACCACUUCCGCACCAUACCACAGGGCCUCCCCAUGUCAUUACUGGAGCUGUACUUGGAGAACAAUCUGAUUGAGGAAAUCUCAGAGGCAGUUUUCAAUCAGACCCUCAAUCUGAACGUGAUUUCUCUGAGAUACAACAGGCUGGACGAGACGAGGAUCGCCCCGAUGGCCUGGAUCAACCACAGAAAUCUGGAGUCCAUCGACCUUUCACAUAAUCAACUAUACCUGGUUCCCUCCUACCUACCGAGAUCUCUGGUCCACCUCGUGCUGGUGGGAAACAACAUAGAGAGGAUACCUGGUUACGUUUUCGCCCACAUGGACCCCGGUUUGGAGUACCUCUACCUCUCCUACAACAAACUGGACGGGGAGGGAGUUGAACCGGAGUCGUUUUUCGGCGUGUUCAACUCCAUGGUGGAACUAUGUCUGGAUAACAAUCAGCUGAUCACCAUACCGUCUGGAAUCAACGAGAUGACAAACUUGCACUUCCUCAGACUCAACAAUAACAAGCUCAGGAGUAUCCCUGACGAGGGCAUCUGUGAUCCAAACCACAACGGAGACGCCACUCUGGUGGCCCUGAGGCUUGAAAACAACUACCUCGACCCCCAGAAGAUCUCACCGACAGCCUUUUCCUGUGUUCGCUCUUCCUCCAGUGUGAUCUUAAAACCCCAGAAAACCAAGUGACCUGAGCUCACACGAAACAAACAAACAAAAAAACAACUAAAAGGACACGCAAAGGCAAAGAUUUUGUUUUGUUUUUUAAUGUCAAUACCUAAGAUAAAAUUUCCCUCACUUUUCGCCUCCCCCUAAUGCUGCAUGUUAUUGAAAAAUAGACUCACAUGUAUGACGUAAAGACUGAACAUGGAAAAAAAGGAUUUUAUCUAUCAAAACACAGUUACUCCUGAUGUAAAGUGGUUUGCCUUAUGGGAAUGUACUGUCUUGUCAUACCCUUGGACUGAACUCGUAUGCACUGCAUGAAACAAAGAUUUUCUUCCUUUCUGGCUCCGAUACGUCUUCUUAGGUCUGGUAAGUUGUUUUGCACUGCUGCCUGACUUAAAGCGGGUACGAAGGUGACAGAACACCUUCAGACUUCAAAAUCAAACACAUCUGUGCGCUUCAGUAAAAUGUUAAACUCUCUAAAAUGGAAAGAAUUCCUGUACCAUACACAGUAAAAUGAAAACGCUAAUAAAGAAAUGGAAAGAAUUCUAUGAAGUGAGACCACAAACCCAACACAUUAUUUUUAACAACCUCACUACCUUCAUGUUCCAUUUCCCAGCACUGUUUCUUCCAGUCGCCUCCUUUCACUCUGACAUGGAAAGGACUUGUGAGUAGUGAGAUCACACGUAUCGCACAUCGUUUGAGCUCUUUGCGUUAAUGAGUAAGAACACGUUACAUGAUUAGGUCAAAGUUAGUGCUGUUGGACAGCUAAUCCCUCCUCUAGUGCAGUUAAGAUGGAUUAAUUCUUGACUCCAGGGGCGUAAGUGGUAUUUUUGGAGUUAUAAUACAGUCAGAUUUUACCUGUUGAUGGCCACACAACAAUAAAUGCAUGUAUUGUACACAACGUGUUAUACUUUAAUUAUACUGCCCACAGUAAGGCCACAUUCAGACAGGAUCUGGUGCUGUGGCAUUUGAGUGGGUGGUGCAUUUGUCCGCCCAAAAAACACAGCGACCUACGGCGGAGAAGUUGAGCCGGAUCUAACUUUUGGAAAAACGCAACCCAACUUCACGCUGCAGGCGCCAAUCUGACGGUCGGAUCGGUCAAACUUCUCCACAGUCAGCCUGAAAUGUCUCUGAAACUGAGACUAUUCAAAGUGGAUUCAUGGGCUAAACUCUGAUAUACGUCUGUUGUGUCUUGGCUUUGCAAUUUAAGCUGCAACAUAGUGACACAAAAAAGUUUCAUUUGAGUCCAGUGGUUUGAGAGACAGAGCAAGCAUUGGUCGAGCGUCUUAGGCAGUGAAUGAGAGUGAGGGAGCGCCAGCCUCAAUUAAGCCAGUUAAUCAGUGAAAUAAAAAGUUAUUUCCUGAUUGUUUCACAGCGUUUAUGUUCAACACAAAUGGACACAUGCCUAACAACCCUGCCUCACACCACCUGUCUGUAUGCGGCCUUACAGUUUCUGUCUUUGAGACCAUUUCCGUGCAGUUUGCAUCUUUACAUGGAUUCAUUCAUGCAUUGUUGAGUGAGGAUUGUGGUUAGCAGAGGGUUUGCUGUAGAGUUUCAUGGAGAUGAGUAUAGCUGUGUGGACUUUGUGGUCUGAGGAAACAAGUCCUGGGAAAAUCCUCUAACAAAUAUCUUUGACCUUAAAGUCUCUUUUCAUGUAAAACUGAGUUUAGAGGUGGGAAGAACCAUCAGCUACAGACGUCCAGAAGUAUUUUUCCUACUCAUCAGCUUCAUUUAAGAUGUUCUUCAUCACAGAAACAUUAUUAAACCAUAUUUUAUAGUCUUUGUUAAUGUAUCAGCUAUCAACCUGUGUAACUGUAGUGUGAAGUAUUCAUAAGUAUCACUAACAAAAGAAGGCUUUUGCAGCUUGGGAGAGUAAAUCUUUUAUGUAUGAGCAGACAUGUGGACUUUCUCAGAUUGUUUGUCUUUAAAUAGCAUUGACUGGAACUACAGCUUGCCCCAAAAUGUUUCAUUUACUGUUAAUAACUGUUGUUUUAUUACAAAUACCAAAAAAAAAAUGACUUAAAAAAAUGUUUGUAUUGAAAUUCAUCUGUCCUUCACUUUGCUCUUGGCUGGCCAACAUGCAUAAAUUAUAUGACUAAAUGUCUAUCUGAUGUGUAAACAAUCAUAUAUUAUACUUCAACGCAAUGUUUCAAGUAAUAAAAAUAAAAGUUA